CAAAAGUAUAUACCAUGAAAAUAUUAUCAAAAAACCCUAAGGGCUGCGAACAUCAAAAUCAACAAUGUACGAAAUUGUCAAAAACUUCCAGUAAUUAUAUAAGGCAAGACUUUUUCAAUAAAUUCGAUUAUAUUUUUCUUACUAUACUGGCUAUCAUACUGUUACUGUACAUACUGUCAAAUUUCGAAGAAUUCUCUUGGCAACUAUCGUCCUUUGGAAGAAUAAUACUUAUAAAAAUACUUCCUUAUUUUGAUUGGCGUCCAUAUAAAAAUAAACGUUGUUUAAUAGAGCACUUCUUCACAGAAACUGAAAACUUAUCCAAUAAAUUAAACUGUAACGUAUGUGAAGAUCUAGUUGGUAUAGAUGUCCAUGAGAUUCUUGAAGAAGACAUUUUAGAAGAGCGGUAUAUUAAGCUUGACAAUCCAGUAAUAAUUACAAAAAGUUUGAAGAAUUGGCCGAAAGACUCCGGGUUUAUGAAUGACUUAAUACAACACGAAUCUUCUAAAUUAUAUCCUUGUAAUUUAUCAACUAAUAUUCAUAAAGGCUUCGACAAUUUAGAAACAGUCUUAUCUAAGUUGAAAUAUUUUAAUGAAUUCUAUAUUCACUAUCAAAAUUGCGAAUCUGAAGCCAUGCGAACGUUAAGGCAGUAUACGUUUACACCUGAAGUACUACCAUCGAUAUUUUCUCCGACUUUAUACAAUUGGAUGAUAUGGAAUGACAACUAUAAUGCAACGAAUUAUAAGCAAAUCGAACUUAUGGAAAAAGUAACCGUUGUUGGACAAUUAUUUGGAUCGACGAAUAUUAGGCUUAUUCCUAGGAAGAACUGUGCAAAAUCUUGUCCAUUUUUCGAUAUAACACUUCGAGAACGUGAAUUAUUGAUUUUUACUAGUUUAUGGGACUUGGAGUAUAGGCCAGCUGAUAAAGGUGAAAAUAUGGCUGUUAUUAUAGAAUAUUCGGAUUAAUUCACUAAAGUAUUGAGGUGAUGAAAGUAUAAUUAAAUAGAGAAGAAAUUAUCCCAAAUAUUAACAGCUUGAAAGCUUUAUGAUUACAAGUAUUAUGGAUUGAAAUGGAUUUAUCCAGUUCUGUAUCUAAUCAGCAUCAGACCUUGGAUAUACUAUCAAAUAAUUGUUUGAGGAAAAUAAAAUCUAUGCUCUA